AUGUACCAGAAAAUAGACAAAUUGUCUGUGUUUAAGGUCAUUUUAUUUGGUGGUCAACUGCAAUUAGUGGAACAAUGUGAGACAUUGGCGCUUAUUGAUCCUGUCAAGUCAUCAUUGCAAGAGGAGUCACCAGACGUGCGCAUGGCGCUGCCGUUGCCUGCGCGCGCGCCGGACCCCACGGCGCUGGCGGCCUACUGGGCGGAGUACGAGGACCUCUUCCGGCAGAUCAGCGCCGCACACGACGACGAUGACAACCAUUACGAAGAUGUUAACAGCAGAACACAUAGAGUAAGAUGUCGAAACUAA